AUGCCUCGUCAAUUCUUUGUCGGUGGAAAUUUCAAGAUGAACCCUGUUUCACGGGGUCAAAAGGAAUCUAUUAUCGGUGUCCUUAACUCUGCCGAUUUGGACAGUACGACUGAGAUCGUCAUUGCGCCUCCGUCACUUUAUCUCAUCCCACUCAAAGACACAGUGCGGUCGGAAAUACAGGUCUCUGCUCAAAACUGCUACCACAAAGAUUCAGGAGCAUUCACUGGUGAAAUAAGUCCUGCGCAACUCGUCGACGCCAGUAUCCCGUAUGUGAUUCUGGGCCACUCUGAACGCAGGACCCUCUUCCAUGAAACGUCUGAGUUCAUUGCCCAGAAGACUAAGGCUGCUUUGAAUGCGAAGUUAAAAGUCAUCCUUUGCGUCGGUGAAACCCUUCCGGAGCGUGAAGCAGGGCAGACUGCAGAAGUCGUUCAGAGGCAGUUGCAGGCCGUCGUCGAUGUGCUGCAGGAGAGUGACUGGAGUGCUGUUGUGAUCGCAUACGAACCUGUAUGGGCGAUUGGCACAGGCAAAGUUGCCACAUCCGCUCAAGCUCAGGAGGCUCAUCUGGAUAUCCGCACGUUCCUCUCUCAGAAAGUGUCCCCCGCUGUAGCAGAGAACACCAGGAUUAUCUAUGGAGGCAGUGUUACCGCUGCAAACUGCAAAGAACUUUCUACUCAACUCGACGUAGAUGGUUUCCUUGUCGGAGGUGCUUCAUUGAAGCCAGAGUUCGUCAAUAUCAUCAACGCGAGGAGGAAUUAG